GUGAAAAAUUGGGGGAGAAAUAGCCCGCCAAAACCCACUGAAAGAAAUAUCUACACUACGCAUAAAAAAAUUAUUCGAUUGUUGAUUUUCCAUCCCAAACUAAAAAAAGAAAAGAACAAAAACCCUUUUAGGGUUUUCUGCUUCACUCUCUGAAAAUUCUAGGAUUUAUGAUGGGAUUGGACUCUGAUUCCCAGCCCCAAAAUCCCCACAACAACGUCCAAUCUAGCUUCACCGUCAUCAAAGGUCAAGAGGUGGAAGUGAGAAGCGACGAAGAUGGGUUUGGAGACGCAUGGUACGUGGCCACAGUUUUGGAGUCGCCACCCAAAUCCGCUUCCAAGAAGAGGAAAAAGGUCAUGGUUGAGUACAAGACUUUGGUUGUCGAGGAUGGCUCAACUCCUCUGACCGAGUUUGUGGAUCCUCGGUACAUAAGACCUCUGCCUCCAGUGGAUUCAGAUUCCGGUCCCCUGGUUUUUCAGGAGAACGAUGUUGUUGAUGCCAGGUAUAGGGAUGGUUGGUGGACUGGCAUUGUGAGGAAGGUUUUAGAGCCUUCUAGGUAUAGGGUUUGUUUUGAUAAUCCACCGGAUGUGAUUGAUUUUGAUGGUAAAGAUUUGAGGGCUCACUGGAAAUGGGUUGAUGGUAACUGGGUUCCAGCCGAGAAGCAGCAAAAGGCAGGGUCUGCUUUCAGCUCCGGCACAGCAGUAGAAGUGAAUAUUGACAAAGAAAAUGUACGUGAUGUUUGGUUCCCUGCAGUUGUUAUUAAGGAAAAUGGGGAUAACACUGUCUUGGUGAAGUAUCAAAGCCAAAAUAAUAGUGAUGAAGCUGGUGUAAAAGUUGUUGUGGAUUCCUUCCACAUUCGCCCCAUUCCUCCUCGUUAUGCAGACAGGAACUUUGAGUUACUGGAAAAGGUGGACGCAGUAUAUGACUAUGGAUGGCGGGCUGGUUUGAUUACUAAACUUCUUUCUGGGAGGAGGUACACUGUCUUUUUUAAGCAGGGAAAUGAGGACAAGGAACUCAAUCACUCAGAAAUAAGGCCUUAUGCGGAGUGGAAGGAUGGCCAAUGGAUUUGUAAAAUGAAGGACGUCAUGAUUGCUUCUGAUAGUACCGAACUGUUGGGUAAUGCUGAAACCUGCGUUGACAGUCCUGACAUGUCUAUUGAGCGCAAGAAUGAAGAGAAAGCACCUUGUUCUGCAAGCAUAGGGAGUAUGGAGCAUACAGUUCAUUGUAAUGAAAAAUCACCUUCUCAUGUGUUGCCUCCAAGCAAGAAGGUAAAGCUCGCAGCUCCUAAUGGUACUGGUGUGCAUUCAUGUCCGUCCAAAAAGUCAACAAUAGAUGUAGAUGUCCCAUUAUCAGUUACAACAUUGCCAUUAAUGAAGAUGCCAAUUGAAAUAUCAACUGGAGAAACUCUUCGUGGUUUAGUCACUCCAAGAACUCGAAGCAAAAUAACCAGAUACAAAAAAACCAUGAUUGGUGAUCAGGCUGUGGCAAAAACUGACAGCCCUGUUACAGGAAAGACCGCUUUGGCUUGUACAGCCAACUCUGAUCCAAAGAAACAUGUUGAUCCCAAAGCUAAUGGAGUCCUUAUUCGUAUUAAAGAGCUACCAAAGAAGAGUAAGCGGCAGAAAGUUGCUGAAGUAGACUGCCAGAAAGUGAACAUUGUGACAAGGAAAGGUAGACAUACUAAAUCGCCAUUUGGAAGUCCACAGGUUUCAGCAGCAGUGGAUACUGCUACUCGAAACAUCAAUGAAAGUGAGUAUAAAUUGAAAGAAGUUGGAAUCCCUGUUGUCAUAGCAUUAGAAGCUAGGGAAAGGAGUAGUUCGCGACUCAAUUAUCCUUCUAAGCUUUCUGGUGAGGAAACACUCAAGCAUAUGAGAGAUCAGAAGAAGAAUUUAAAUGAUUCAGUAGGAGGCAAGGUCAUGGUACUCGAACAGCUUUUAUAUGGGGGAAGCAGUCAACGAAGAAAGAGAGGAAGACCGCGCAAACUAGUAGUUGUUAGCCCAAAGGCUUCUGAGGCUGGUAAGGAGGAACAUGGCGUUCAAGAUAUUUCUAAUGAAGUAGUUGUAAAAGAUCAUACAACCAAUGAUUUUGAAAUGCCAAUGCAGACAGGGAUGGAGUCUACAGUUUCUCGAGCUGCUUUUAGAGAGAAAACAGCUGAAGUUUCUGAGACAGGUUGCACGGCUAAAGAAGUUCAAAUGGCCAUUGCCACUGUAUCAAAUAAUGCCAUUGACGAUGAUCAACCUCUAUCAACGUGGAUUGGGGGAGUGCAUUCUUCUGCAACUGCUGAAGAAUUGCGCUCAUCUUCUGGAAGGCCUUCUAACGGAUGGAAUGAGACGAGAGGAAGACAUGUUGAUCUAGCAAUUGAUGCACAAGAUGACAGCACACCUGAUGGAAACCAGUGUUUGCCUUUUGUUAAGAGGUCACUGGUUUGGAAAACAAUUGAAUCUAUGGAAGUAUUUCAAAUCAUGCCACAAAAGCCUCAUUUUCAACCUUUGGCUGAUUGUAAAGAGGAGUAUCGUGAAGGAUCAGCCAUUGGUAUUAUGGUAACUUUUGCGAGCUUGUUUGAGAAGAUAACAUCACUGCAAUUUGAUGAUUCUAGAAGCAUAUUGGAGAGUACAUUGGAAAGUCUUUGUGAUUUGGAGAAGCAUGGAUUUGAUGUAACCGUACCACAGAACCGUGUAAAUGAAUUGCUCUCAGUUAAAAAUGGGAAAGAAGAGCUUCUGCAUGAAUUAAGAGAUGUUGGGAGGCAGAUAAGAGAGCAUACUGAUGAGAAAAGAAAACUGGACGCAAAGAUAAGUGAUGUUGAAAAGAAGAUACUUGAGUUGCAAGAAGAACUUGUUGCAUGCAAGUCAAAGAUGGAGACUGAGGAUCUCGAGUUGUCCGGGUUGCAGUCUCACAUGAAUUCUGUGAGCGAACUUAUCACAGAUGCCCGGUAUAGUUUUCAAAGAAUUGCUAGUGCCCCUUGGAAAUUGACCUGAUGUUCUGGGAAACCUCACUCUGUCUUGCAUGUAGAUGUGAAUAUGUAGGUGCAGCUGACCGUUCAAAGUUGCUGACAUUUGUGCUUCAGAUUUAGAAGUCAUGAAAAUGCAUGUAUAUUUAGACUAGCAUCUUCUGUGUUUAUGUAAUUAGACAUCUGAUCCUAAGACCUAAAGAUGAUGUUGUAUGGUUGGUGACGAGCUGGUUUGGAGUCUUAAAAGGAAUGGGAAUGAAAUUUGAUCA